AAGUAAAUACUAUCUUAAUUUAAGACACAUGCUUUGUUAAUAUUUAUUUAUUUAUUUAUUGUUAAAUUAUUAUACUUAAACUCGUCUGUCCAGUUCUGGUAUGUAACUUUGGUUAGUCAAGUGAUUUGGAGCAUGUGAUUCAGAUUGUUAGCUUCCUCGUUUUGUUGGGAAAAACAAGACUAUCUGCUGCUUGAACAGCCUUGUUAAAUUGCCACCCUGUUAGAAUGGAGUCGCUGGUCGUACUGGGCAUGCUGGCGGUCAUCUGCGGUUUAAUCCGUCCUGGGAUCGGGUUCGAGGAAAGAUUCCGCUUUGCGUCUUACUAUGGGGAUCACAUGGUGUUGCAGGCAGGCCCGGAGAGUGCUGGGAUCUGGGGAUAUGGAGUAGAUGGAGCCACAGUUACUGUGCAUGUGGAAGGGAAGAACAAACGGACUGCAACAGUGUUGGAUGGGAUCUGGAGCGUGACCCUUUACCCAGUGAAGCCUGGAGGCCCCUUCACAUUAACAGCAGAGCAUCUAAGCCAAGCUGGGCUGACCAGCCUCAACCUGACCGACGUUCUGUUUGGAGAUGUGUGGCUGUGUGGAGGGCAGAGCAACAUGGAGAUGACCCUCUCCCAGGUGAUCAAUGCCUCCGAAGAGCUGGCUGAGGCCUCCAAGUUUCCUGAUGUGCGUGUCUUCAGCGCAGCUCUGGAACAGAGUUCCACAGAGCUGAGAGACCUGGCGAUGGUCGCACUGCCCUGGUCCGUUCCCUCCGCAACUGUGCUGGGCGCUGGCAAUUUCACCGAGUUCUCUGCGGUGUGCUGGCUCUUCGGGCGCUACCUUUAUGAGAGGCUGAAGUACCCUGUGGGGCUGGUGGAAUCUUGCUGGGGGGGCACCCGUGUGGAGGCCUGGUCUUCACACAGGGUCCUGCAGCACUGCGGGAUAAGUGAGAACACAAUCAGGAGCCAGUUUGAAUAUGUGAGUGAGGUGAUGGGCCCCCACUUAGACUCUGUGCUGUGGAACGCUAUGAUACACCCUCUGCUCAAUAUGACCAUCAAGGGAGCUAUCUGGUACCAAGGGGAAGACAACACAAACUACAACCUGGACCUGUACAACUGCACCUUCCCGGCCAUGAUCGACGACUGGAGACUGAGCUUUCACCAGGGAUCAGCCGGGCAGACCUCCGCAGUCUUUCCUUUCGGCUUUGUGCAGAUUUCCACAUACAACCAGGGCUCUCAGAGCGAUGCUUUUCCCAGACUGCGAUGGCACCAGACCGCUGAUUUUGGUUUUGCCCCCAACCCCCGCAUGAAGAACACCUUCAUGGCAGUCAGCGUGGAUCUGGUGGACCCCAGCUCUCCUUGGGGCAGCAUCCACCCUCGGUACAAGCAGGACGUGGCACGAAGGCUGAUCCUGGGAGCUCGCGCUGUGGCUUACGGUGAAGAAGGAGUCACGUUCCAGGGGCCAUUCCCAACUAAAGUUGAGCUCAUGGGGAAUAUAAUGAUCAUCACCUACUCUCAACAAAUCGCUGUCUCCCAUUUCAACAAAGACGUGUUCGAGGUCUGCUGCUCUGAAAAGAAGACAGCUUGUGAUCUCAGUUCCUCGGGCUGGGCCCCUGCACCCGUGUUCAAAGUCUACAGUGACACGGUCUUCCUAACAACACACAACUGCCCCGAUGAAGUGUCUGGCUUGCGCUAUGCCUGGAAGGACUGGCCAUGUGACUGGAAGGCUUGUCCGGUCUACAGUGCUGACCAUGUCUUGCCUGCUCCCCCCUUUGUUUCUGGUCCCCAGAGGUCUGGGAGAUGGACCAUUCUUGAAUAAAGUGUGUCUGCUUAACAGAAUUGAUCUUAUGACUUCUCCUAGCAAGGAAGGAGUGAAUCAAGUGGAAAUAGCCCACCUUUGCAAAGCAGGUCGAUUACAAAAGAUAUCUUGGAGAUUAAAUGAGAGAAUUGUGGGUGUUGGUGCAGAUAAACAGAAAAAGGUGUGAUAUAUAUAUAAAAAUUAUAUUUUCUUGUAUGGUGGG